AAGUUCUUGGUCUGGCAACGCUGGUCGCAGCUGUUUGUCAUGUGGGGUUAUAUUUACUUAGUCUGCUUAUCUGAUUUAGGGUAAAACUCAUUCAUUAAAAAAAAGUCUAUUGUUCUAGCCUUCUUCCAGUUGUGACUGCUGCACCUAGAAACUAGUAGCCUCCUGUAUAAGAAAUAGGACUCAUCACAAUCAGCGACAAGCAGGCCUGCGUCCUCUUAGAGAUGGCUCGUAUUUGGACGGUUAUGACUCGCAAAAAGAGCAUGGAUCCAGUAGCGAUAGAAGAGUCGCGAUUGGCUCGUGUGCUCAACACUUUUGACCUCACCGCCUUGGGAGUGGGCAGCACCCUGGGAGUCGGAAUCUAUGUGUUGGCGGGGCAAGUGGCCCGAACUACAGCGGGCCCCUCGGUGGUGUUAAGCUUUCUUCUCGCUGCCAUUGCCUCACUGUUUGCAGGUCUGUGCUAUGCUGAGUUUGGAGCCCGAGUACCCAGGGCCGGGUCGGCCUACGUUUACAGCUAUGUGUGUGUGGGCGAGUUCGUGGCAUUCGUAAUUGGCUGGAACCUCAUCCUCGAAUACAUCAUUGGUUCGGCAAGUGUAGCCCGAGGACUCAGUCUGUACCUCGACACUUUGCUCAACAACACCAUGCAGGACACAUUUCGGCAAAUUGCGCCCAUUCACGUCGACUAUCUUGCCUCUUAUUUCGACUUCUUUUCCUUCGGCGUAACCAUUCUGCUGGCAGUCGCAUUGGCUUUUGGACUCAAAGAAAGCAGCAUGGCCAAUAACGUGGUCACCUGCCUGAAUGUCGCCGUAGUGCUCUUCAUUAUUGUGGCCGGCUCUUUACAAGCCGAUCCUGCCAACUGGAGCAUCGCCGCAAAUAGCACCAACGCUACAGUGAUGGGUGCAGGAGGAUUCUUUCCCUGGGGCGUCGAGGGAAUGAUUAAAGGCGCUGCCACAUGUUUCUACGGCUUCGUGGGCUUUGAUUGCAUUGCCACCACCGGCGAAGAAGUGCGCAAUCCGCGACGAGCCAUCCCAGUCUCAAUCAUCGUCUCGUUGUUAGUCAUAUUCUUGGCCUAUUUUGGCGUUUCUACGGUGCUCACGCUAAUGGUGCCCUACUAUUUGCAAGAUAUCAAUGCGCCAAUUCCCAUCGCAUUUGAAGCGGUGGGCUGGACCUGGGCCAAGUGGAUUGUAGUUGUGGGAGCCCUCUUCGGGCUCUGUGCCAGCUUGUUUGGGGCCAUGUUCCCGUUGCCACGCAUCAUUUACGCCAUGGGCUCCGAUGGGCUGGUGUUUCGAGUUCUCGCCAAAGUGCAUCCGCGCUUCCAAACUCCCGUGGUGGGCAGCAUCGUGGCUGGUUUGAUUACAGGCCUGAUGUCCGCGCUGUUCGACCUCAAUCAGCUGAUCAACAUGAUGUCCAUCGGGACGCUGCAAGCCUACACUAUAGUGGCAGCCAGCGUCCUCCUACUCAGAUAUAACGGCGACAGCAACUCGGAGAACUUCCAAGCCGUUGGCAACCAGGAUGGUGGCAUCAAUGGCGGUUCGAGUUUCACUCGCUCCCUGAAAUACCUGAUCAACUGCAGCGUGCGAUCGCCCUCGCAGCUCACCCAGAACAUUGUGGCAGUCGAAGUGUUGCUUUAUUGCCUCUUAAGCGUGGGCGUGGCCGUGUGUGCCAUCUACUUGCAAUCGUAUAUCGCCAGCGGCGAGCUCUGGGCCAUCGUCCUCACUUCCACCCUCGUGGGCCUGACUGCAAUUGUGCUGCUGUCCAUGGGCACCCAGCCGCAGUCUCGCCUCCCGCUGUCUUUCAAGGUGCCGCUGGUGCCGUUCGUCCCUGCAAUCAGCAUCCUGGUCAACGUCUACCUGAUGCUGAUGUUGGACUACCGCACGUGGGUGCGCUUUGCCGUGUGGAUGGCUCUGGGCCUGCCCAUGUAUUACAUUUGCGCAUGCAUUCCAAAGGCGACACCUUCGCCAAAAUCACACGCGACUAACUUUACCAACGGGCACGCAAAACAAGAAACGCGCGCCGUCCAAUCGAAGAAAAAGGCGGCGCCUCCACCGCCGACUAUGCUUGAACCGCUAGAGGUGCAACAAGAGGACGCUCUGGCCCACUUGGACCGCGUUCUGGACACAGAAGCGGAUCGUCUGAGCAACUGCAGUGGCAAAAUGUCCAAUGUGUCGGCGGUGGCGUCCCGUUCUGAAAGCGUUGUUGCUGAUGUACAUUGUCCCGAUGUUGUGUCCCUUGUUGCUGGCUCAGAACCCAUUCCUCACCUUCUGUCCGACACCCCUUCCCUGGACUCGGGCAUUGGCGACUCGACGCCCAACCUAAUCGAAGCAGUAGAACCAUUAACAGAGGAGGCACCAAGUGGCCUGGACAAUGUGAAAUCGCUUGAUAAUGUUGAAGUAGCACAGGCAGUUGAAAAACCACCGAUUCACAAUGUUGAAGUGGCACAGGAAGAUGAAGAUGAAGAUCCACCAGUUGACAAUGUUGACGAUAUGGAGAGGGAGGAGCCCGAUGUGGUGCCCAUUCCGCCAUCUGAACCCGUCGCUGUCGUUGAGCCGUUUACAGACGAUGAAGGCAAAGAGGCGCCAGUGGCAAUUCCGGCAGUGCUCAGCGCCGACUACUUGAAAACCGUUAACUUGCGACACGUGCAAACGCAGCUCAAAGAGUUGGAGCCCGAAGGUAACCCGAACGCGUCCGACAAUAAUUUAAAGGUGGGCUCUGCCGAGUAUCAAAACUUCAUCCGAGACCUGAACAGUCGGUUACAGCGGUCGCCAGUCUCGGCGGCCAUCUACGUGCCCGCCAGCAAGCCCACACCGGCACCCACUCCGAUCGCGCCCAAUGAGAAUGUGCUGGAGGAGCCUAUAGACCGUCGCGACGCAACCGAAAAGCUGCGCAGCUUCUAUGCGGCAAAAAAUGACACUCCCGACAGAACUUAGUUGGACGAAUCUGUCGCCCUUUUCUGAAUACUCAUCGUAAAGCGCGCC